AUGUCGACACUCGAGUAUCGAACACCGCAUGCGGUUGCGUCUACCGACCGCACGCUUCGAAACGCUUUCUCUGCCCUCAACAUGCACUACUCGGGCGACGAGGAGGAGUCGGAGAGCGAUGGCUCUCCCAGAUUUACCGGUCUGAGGACAAGUUCAAGUUGGACUUUGCUGACAGAAGUCCUUAGCAUGCCAUCUCUGGUCCAGAAGGACGAUGUUACCCAGCCUGAAUACAGCUCUUACACCUACAACAACUCUCAUCAAGCUGGCCAAGACAACGUUGACUACCCUGCGAACGCGGAGCCCGCCGCUCUGGUCGUGGCCAACCAGAUGUUUCAGACACAGCCAGUGCUCACUGGCAACUUCAUGCCUGUGAACGACGUAGUUCGGCCCACUGCCACCAUGCCGGCUAACACGGGAGCCGUUACCAACAACCAUCGAGAGUUCGACGCUCAGUCUGUUUAUCCUGGAGAUGCCUGUCUCUUUGUGGCCAACCUCCCUCAGCACGUUGAUGAUCUCACCCUGAGGGUUUCUCUUACCAAGCACUUUGGAAAGUUUGGUACAGUCUUCGUCAAGAUCAAGCGAGAUCGAGUCAGACACAUGCCUAUGGCCUUUGUUCAGUACACUCAAAUCAGACACGCCGAUGUUGCGGUGCGCGAGGCCCGUGGAGAUUUGAUCCAUGGCCGUGCUAUCCGAGUUGAAAAGUGCGGCGGAAACCUCUCCUACAUUAUCUGGCGCAAAGACACUCGCCCCGUUCUCGCCAGAGAGGCACAUUCUAUUUUUUCCCGCUAUGGACCAGUUAAGAAGGUCGAGAUUCUUGACUCUGAUGCUCAGACAAAGCUCGCUGUUCCUCCCAGUCUUCGUAUACUGUACUCCAGGUUUGACCCCAAACGCAAUGUCAUCCAGGACGUCGGCCCUAACACGCCAUUCGUCAUCAUGGCUUUCGAUCCCAAGAUGGUUCAGAAGCGUUCUGACCGCCCAGCCGACGAUCAAACCUUCAUGGAGAUGUACGAAAAAGACUGUCGCUCAGUGUUCUUCGGCGGGCUACCUCAUUAUGCGGACGAGGCCAUGGUCUACCGACUGGCUGGCAUCUGCGGUCAUAUUCGUUCUGUUGAUCUACGAAUCUCCCCUGACCAGGACGGUGGUCUCCCUCACCCUUGGGCAUUCGUCGAGUACGACGAGUUUGAUGUCCCGGACAGAGCCAUGGAAGAAUUUAAUGGCAAAGAAGUUGAAGGCUGCAUCCUUCGGGUCGAGCGAAAGAGAACCAAGCCCGCCCCUGAAGCUGUCGCUGUUCCUCAAGCCAUCGGCACUCGUCUGCCCGACUCUGGCCCUCAUUACCCCAACCCUGGUUUCCGCUUUCCUGACUCUGGUUCUCGCUUUCCCAACCCUGGCCCCUCUCGUGUUCCUGGCUCCGGGUCUUCGCGCAUGCCUGGCAGCGUGGAUGACGCCCGGCUAUACCCGUCGCCUCUGCGCCCCGUCAAGCGUCAUAAUCGUCGCUUCGACUCUCGUGUCGUCUCUGCGGCCGCUGCGCCUAGCAAUCAUCACCGUAUUGUUUCGAGCGUGGGUCUGUCCCGGGAGGAAGAAGACUUCCUCCAACAGCAUCGGCCUGAGGAUGUCCUACCCAGGCCCCUACCUGUUCCGACCUUAGCAGUUCCAGCUGCUAGCUUGGAUGAGAUCACGCCCGUCCAGUCUCCAGAGAAGUACGAGUCUGGCAACACAGUCCGGUUCGCCCCGUCACCAAGCACCCUGCCAUCGCAUGCUGGGUCAUCUCCUAUUCCCCUCCAGAUACCUGCUCCUCCUGCAGAGUUCAGCCCGCCAAACCUUCGGGCUUUCAAGGACCGCCUCGCUGCAGAUGGACACUCGCGGGUUACGGCCUUUUCGCCUGCUGCAGAGCUUGCUGCGAUACGAUGCGAGGUUGCUGCUGAAGACAAGGCCAACGGCAAGGGUCACCGCCGUGCUGUUUCGAUGUUCAUCACCUCGACCUAUUCGGCCCCUCUUGACCUGUCGGAGAGCGACGACAGCACCUGGCGCGAGAGUGGAAGCUCGCCAGACGAGCAGGGCACGCGGAAGAAGAAGGCCAAGAGUUGCCUUAUUCGACGCCGCCAUCUGUCUGAGGAGAACCUGAAGCGUAACCAAUUGUACCAGUCAAAACUUAACCGUACAUACGCUUCGGAGGAGAUGAUGCGCGGCCGGCCACUUACUCGCGAGACUGAUGAGCCUCGAGACAAGAGUGGCAAGCCUCGCAAGAGUGAUGCCACCGAGCGACCUACUGGAGGCCAGGUCGUCGUUGCCGCUGCACAAGCCUCUGAGGGUCAGCUUGUAGUUGCUGCCCAGCAAACAUACCAAUCCGCCAUGCCAUACACACACAUGGUCCCCCAAUACCCCCCUCUAGUGCCUCCCAUGGGUUAUAUGCCCGUGGCGCCUCCAGCCAUGGCUCCCGUUGCUGCGCCCGGCGGCUUCACCUAUAUGGAUGUGCCUCAGCAUCCCCAUCUGCAGUUCAAUGAACCCAUGCAGAUGUACCAAGCCCCAUCUCACCUUGGGUACGUAGGCCCAGGGCCAUCCCAGGUGCAGUAUCCUCCUCCCCCACCAACGGCCCCCAUGUGCCAAGGGCAACCUCAGGUGCCAUUCCAGGGACACCACCAACGCGAGUAUCACGAGCCCAUGACUGUGUCUCAAGAUGCACGCAACCACCCAUACCAAAGCCAUGGUCGACCUCAGUACCAAGGUCGCCGCCAUGCUUCAUACGCGCAUCCUCAGCAGAUGCAUCAUCAGGGGAAUUACAGCGGUAUGCCCCACUCUAACUUCACUCCCCGGGGACCAAGAGAGUCCUACCACCAGAGCCGCCAGCGACAGGAAGCAGAGCGCUACCGUCGCUAUAACUCUUAG